AUGACAGCGGAUGACAGCAGCUCCUGCAGCGGACCCACAGUGAGACGGCUAGCCGCCAGCGAACUGCCCCUGGGACUCGACUCAUCCUCGGAUCAGCUGCGUUUGGAGAACCCGAGAACAACCAGCGCACGAUAACUCCGCUCGUUAUUUACCUCUCGCUUGCCUGAGCUGGUGAAGAUGGUGAAGCCAGACAUCCACACUCUGGCCCACCACCUGAAGCAGGAGCGGCUGUAUGUGGGGUCGGAAAAGCAACUAAUCCAGAGGCUCAACAGUGAUGUGCUGAAGACAGCUGAGAGGCUGUACAGAGCCGCAUGGAUCGCCAAGCAGCAGAGGAUCAACCUCGAUCGUCUCAUUCUCACCAGUGUGGAGGCUUCUCCUGCCGAAUGCUGCCAACAUGCCAAAAUGUUGGAGGACACACAGUUUGUUGAUGGCUACAAGACCCUCGGCUUCCAGGAGACGAUCUAUGGCGAGUUCUUGGCCCGGUUGAGGGAGAACCCCAGACUGGUAGCUUCCUGCCUGGUGGCAGGAGAGAGGCUGAACCAGGAGCACACCCCCGGGGUCAUCUACACAGUCUUCACCUCACUAUAUGGCAACUGUAUCAUGCAGGAGGACGAGAGCUACUUGCUACAGGUGUUGCGGUACCUGGUAGAGUUUGAGCUGAAGGAGAGUGACAACCCUCGCCGUCUGCUGCGACGGGGAACAUGUGCCUUCAGCAUCCUUUUCAAGCUCUUCUCAGAGGGCCUGUACUCAGCCAAGCUCUUCCUCACUGCCACCCUCCACGAACCCAUUAUGCAGCUACUGGUGGAAGAUGAAGACCACCUGGAGACGGACCCGGGCAAGGUGACAGAGCGCCUCACUCCGGCUCAGCAGGAGCGCUUCGGAGAGAAGGGCUCUGAUGGCUACAAACAAAGGGUGCAGGCAGCUGUGGAGGCCAACGAAGCCAAGCUGGUGGCUCUGGUCAACAAAUUUAUUGGUUACUUGAAGCAAAACACCUACUGCUUCCCCCACAGCCUGCGCUGGAUUGUGUCCCAGAUGUACAAGACGUUGUCAUGUGUGGAGCGUCUGGAAGUAGGUGAAGUGCGCACCAUGUGUACAGACCUGCUGCUGACCUGCUUCAUCUGUCCAGCUAUCGUCAACCCGGAGCAGUAUGGGAUAAUCUCUGAUGCCCCCAUCAAUGAAGUUGCACGCUUUAAUCUAAUGCAGGUGGGGCAGCUUUUGCAGCAGUUGGCAAUGGCUGAUGAUGAUUCAGAUCCAAGGCGGAAAAGCAGUUUGUCUAAAUUUGAUAAGAGUUGUGUUGCUGCCUUUCUGGAUGUGGUAAUCGGAGGAAGAGCAGCCGAGACCCCACCCAUGUCCUCGAUGAACCUUCUAGAGGGCCUCAGCAGGACUGUGGUCUAUAUUACACAUAAUCAGCUGCUAUCAAUGGUGGACUUUGUGCGCGGUGUGACUGCAGGGGACCAGCUCCGGGAGGAGGAGCACAUGGCCCUGGAGAACCUGCUGGCCAACCUGCCCCAGUCUCGGCCUGUGAAGAGCAACAGUCUGGAGCUCACUCCCUCCAACACCCCCCAGCUCUCCCCGGCUACCACUCCUGCCAACAAGAAGAACAGGCUCCCCAUAGCUGCUCGUAGCCGCAGCCGUACCAACUUAGCCCAGGAGGGGGAGGCAGAGGCCAGCUCCCAAGAGUCCCUUCAGGAGUCGGAGCCAGAGGAGGUGCUGGUGAUUUCACUAGGAACUGGUCCUCAGACGGUCCCUGGGAUGAUGUCAGAGAAUGAGGUUUUGAACCUGCAGAUUGCUGAUGGGGCCCAGGGAGAUAGUCAUGCUGAUGAUACCAAACUGCAUGGUAAACCAGACAAAACCCUGCGCUUCUCCCUCUGCAGUGACAACUUGGAAGGCAUCUCAGAGGGUCCAUCCAAUCGUUCUAAUUCAGUCUCGUCUCUGGACCUGGAGGGAGAGUCUGUCUCUGAGCUCGGAGCUGGACCCUCAGGCAGCAACGGGGUGGAGGCUCUGCAGCUUUUGGAGCAUGAACAGGCCACGACCCAGGACAACCUGGAUGAUAAACUCCGCAAGUUUGAGAUCAGAGACAUGAUGGGACUGACAGACGAUCGGGACAUCUCUGAGACAGUCAGCGAAACCUGGAGCACCGACGUGCUCGGCAGCGACUUCGACCCUAACAUGGAUGAGGAUCGGCUGCAGGAAAUAGCAGGGGCAGCUGCAGAGAACAUGCUUGGCAGCCUGCUGUAUCCUCCUGGCUCAGGUUCAGUGCUGCUGGACCCCUACGGCUCCACCAUCUCAGAGACCACAAGUGAGGCCUGGAGCGUGGAGGUCCUGCCCAGCGACUCAGGUGGGGAGCCAGAGGCCCCAGACCUGAAACAGGAGGAGCGUCUGCAGGAGCUGGAGAGCUGCUCAGGGGUCGGCAGCACCUCGGACGACACAGAGGUCAGAGAGGUCAGCUCGAGACCCAGCACCCCAGGCCUCAGCGUUGUCUCAGGUAUCAGUGCAACCUCCGAAGACAUCCCCAACAAGAUCGAGGACUUGCGGUCAGAGUGCAGCUCAGACUUUGGAGGGAAGGACUCUGUGACCAGUCCAGAUGGGGAGGAGUCAAGCCACGGAGCGCACCAUCUGACAUCUCCACCCUCACAGACCGAUUCCUUACUGGCCAUGUUCGAUCCCCUCUCCUCUGGCGAAGGCUCUUCCACUGGAACAAUUGUGCGGCCCAAAGUGCACUACGCCAGGCCGGCUCACCCUCCACCUGACCCCCCCAUCCCCGAGGCCAGCGCCCUGGGGCCAGAGACGCGCCACUCUCUGUUUAUGCCCCACUGCCUGGCCCAGGCUGAGCUGGAGCACACCAAGCAGCGCCACUCCUUCCCUGACAGGCUGGUCCGCAGCCGCAGCUCUGACAUAGUGUGCCCAGGGCGUCGGCCCACCAGCGACCCCGGCCUGAACCGACGGGUAGCAGUUGAAGAGCGCGACCCUGCCGGGGCCUUCGCCUUAGGACCGUCCUCGUCCCCCAGCAAGGACUCCCUGAAAGGAGAGGUUGAGGACAGGAAAGACAGUGACGACGAGAAGUCUGAUCGCAACAGACCCUGGUGGAAGAAACGUUUUGUGUCAGCCAUUCCCAAAGCUCCAAUCGCAGCAUUUCGGAAAAGGGACAAACAAGAGAAGGAUGACAUUGUCCAGGAGCGUGUUUCACAAGAUGAGCUGUUGCCCAGACAUAGCAGUCAAGCACAGGCAGCUGAAGACAUCCUCGACAAGUACAGGAACAUCAAGAGGCCCAGCCCAAGUGAAGGAGCAGCAACUGGAGCUUCCUAUGACGGUACCGGAGAUCUUUGUGGUGAAGACAACGUUCACGACUCUCCAAGAGACGACGCAUUGCAGAAUAUGUCCACGGAUGACCUCCCGGACUCGGCCAGCCAGUCAGCAAAUCAGCACGACUCCAAGUUCUCUUUCAGUGAUGCAAAGAAGAAGUUGAGGUUAGCGCUGUGCUCUGCAGACUCUGUGGCUCUGCCCAUCAUGGCUUUUGCCACCACACGAAAUGGGCUGCCUGAUCACAUGGAUUCUGAAGACAAUGACAUCGUCUGCUUCCUGAAGGUCCAGCUCGCGGAAGCCAUCAACCUCCAGGAUAAGAACCAGAUGGCCCAGAUCCAGGAGACCACCCGCUGCGUCGGCCGCUUCGAUGCACGCACCUGCAGGAAGCUGCUGGCUGCCAUCGCGGAGGAUUACAGAAAGCGGGCACCGUACAUAGCUUAUCUAACCAGGUGUCGUCAGGGCCUGCAGACCUCUCAGGCUCAUCUGGAGCGGCUCCUCCAGAGAGUGCUCAGAGACAAGGAGGUGGCCAACCGCUACUUCACCACUGUGUGUGUUCGACUCCUUCUUGAACACAUGGAAUCCAAGAUGCUUGACUUUACAAAGGCGUUCCAGGGGUGCACAGCGUCGGAUGACAAGACGGCAGCCGUGGAGGAUUUUCUGCGCUACUUGUACGGUGCUAUGGCCCGUGAUGCCAUUUGGCAGUAUGCGAGCGAGGACCAGCUGCAGGAUGCCCAGAUGGCCAUCGAGCGCAGCGUUAUGAACCGCAUCUUCAAACUGGCUUUCUACCCCAACCAGGAUGGAGAUAUUCUCAGAGACCAGCUUCUCCAUGAACACAUCCAGCGGGUCUCUAAAGUAGUGACGGCCACUCACAAAGCUCUUCAAAUCCCAGAGGUUUACUUGAGGGAGGCUCCCUGGCCGUCUGCACAGUCUGAGAUCAGGACCAUCAAUGCAUACAAGACGCCACGGGACAAAGUCCAGUGUAUACUGCGCAUGUGCUCCACCAUCAUGAACCUCCUCAGUUUGGCCAAUGAAGACUCCGUCCCUGGAGCGGACGACUUUGUCCCUGUCCUCGUCUUUGUCCUCAUAAGGGCAAACCCGCCCUGCCUGCUGUCCACCGUUCAGUACAUCAAUAAUUUCUACGCCAGCCGGCUGAGUGGGGAGGAGUGCUAUUGGUGGAUGCAGUUCACCGCGGCGGUGGAAUUCAUUAAGACCAUCGACGAUCGCAAGUGAAGCAGAACAGCCACCUGUAUGGGCAGACUGCGGGGGAAGGAGCCGGGAGACUGGGAGACUUCCCAACCAACUGCUCCCUCUGCACAGUUUAUAAAACCUGGCCCUCAGCCUGCUCUUUAUUUGUAUAGCUUGUACAUAGCCAGAGACACUGAAAGAUUACAAAAUAUAUAUUACUGUAUGUAUGUGGACAAAUCCAGGUUUUAGCUGUGGUGAAAAAAAAAAUGGCCUUGGGGGAAAAAAUUGGCAAGAUGUUACCCGAUUUGGAUUUUUCCUUUUACCUUUCUCUCUUCAGUCAUGUUUCACUUUUGGGGGUCUGUAUUAGGAAUUUUAUAUACACACAGUUACCAGUAUGACAUUAAAUCAACAUAAAAGAUAAUCCUAUAUAGGGAUAUAGGGACCAGACUUGCUUGAUGUGAUCACUGAUCUUAUUUUUCCCCCCAGAGUGAGAGGGAAGGGCUUCCAAUUAAAUUACAUUAUAAUGUUGAUUAAAUGCUUUGUAACGUGGGGAUUUACAGUGCGUGAUACUGGUGGGAUUUGGUGACUCAUAAACACUGAAAUCAAUUCACAAUAACCAUACUCAUCAGGUUAGUGUAUCAGACAGUAGGGCAGCUUAUUUCAUGAACUGUUUACUUCAUCCUAUUCCCAAAAAACACGUGUCAGUGACAAUUUGGACAUAAGGGCCCACGUAUUUAUAUGAAAUAAAAUGUAUUUAUUUCUGUAAAUCUA